AUGAUCAUCAUCAUUGUCGGCGCCGGCAUUGCUGGCUUGUCCCUCGCCAUCGCCCUGGGUCAGGCCGGGCACGCAGUCACGCUGCUCGAUGCCGCGCCGGAACUGGCGGAGAUUGGCGCCGGCAUACAAAUGACGCCGCAGGCCAUCAAGUACCUGUUCCAGAUGGGCCUCAGGGACGACAUCCUGCGAGAGUCCAUUGUGCCGCGGCAGAUGCUGGUCAGAGAGGGCGUGACCGGUGCCGUGCUCGGCACCGUGGCGCUCGCUGCGAUGGAGGAGACGUACGGGGCGCCGUACGUCGUCGUCCAUCGGGCGGUGCUGCACUCAAUCCUCCACCGUCACGCCGUGCGAGCGGGCGCGACCAUUCUCCUGAACAGCAAGGUCGCACAAUACAGGUUCAACGAGGGGGCCGUGGACUUGGCGAACGGCACAACGCUCAGCGCCAGCUUGGUGGUCGCUGCUGAUGGCAUCAACUCCACCGCGCGCUCUCAGCUUCUAGGAAAGGACGACCCAGGCAGCCAGCCGACUGGUUGGGCGGCAUUCCGGAUGAUGGUUGAGGUCGCAAAGCUGCAGGCCGACCCGCUGACCUCCGAUCUCCUCGACCUGAGCUCGGGCAGCUCCAACUUUUGGAUCGCCCCCGACGUGUCGGUCAUGACGUACUUGGUCAAGGACGCGACGAUGCUCAACAUUGUCCUCUCUCACCGUGAUGAUGUAGACACGAGGGACUUUUCCCUGGAGGACCACAGAGCGAUAGUCAACGACCUGUUCAAGGCCUUUGAGCCCAGAGUUCAGCGCAUGCUUGAGCUUUCGCGCCCCGGCAUCACAAACUAUCCCGUGUAUGCCAUUCCUCCCUUACCCCGAUGGACUCACCCCUCCGGUCGCUUCGUCCUCGUCGGCGACGCAGCACACGCCAUGGCCUUUUACAUGUCCAUGGGCGUUUCGCUCGCCGUCGAGGACGCCGUCGCUCUAGCGUCUGUCCUCGGCUCGGCUCAUGUGCUGGCCACCGACUCGAGAGCCACUCAAGCACAGCAGCCGUCGGGACCAGAGGAGCUACAGCGCGCGCUCGGUGCGUUCGAGGCGGUUCGAAAACGGAGAGUCGCUGCCGUGCAGGAAGCAAGCCUCCACGCGGGCGACUCGCUGCACAUGCCAGACGGUACAGGGCGAGAAUUCCUGUAUGAGUCCCUUCGCCAUGCACAUGAGGACGGCAUUUGGCCACCCGAAGAAACCAAUGCGGCGCCUCGGAGCCGGUACAUCAAGCUCGGCUCGGGCGGCGAGCGCCUUGGCCCCGGUGGCAUUACUGACAGGGGGACGAGGGACUGGUGCUACGGUUAUGAUGCGGUCUGGGAAGUUACAAGAGUUCUGGAGUCGAUGAAGGGGAAAAGCUAG